AUGGAGAAGGAUUCUGUACUCAACUCAAACCUUGCUGAGUACUCGACAAGCGAACAAGUACUAAAUGAACAUUCCAAGCUUGUCAUGACCACAAUCACCGCACCAUCGUCCCAAAAAAAAAUUCCAUAUACCGUAUUCGAUUGCUCUUCUCAUUCAGGAUUGUAUUAUCCCCAAAACAUAUGUUAUAAUAAUCCAGAAGAUCUGUCAUCGCGCUGGUCUUCAGGAGUAUGUAAUCAAACACAGUAUAUAACCCUGCGAUUCGACUCUCCGGCUAUAGCACGAACAAUUCUUUUUGGAAAAUACCAUGAAAAAUUCAAAGUCUACGGUGGAAUGAACCUUGAAGAUAUGACCGAGAUAUUGCAUCAAGGCAAGUGUCUUCGCAAUGAUAAUCAACCAGAAGAGUUUCCUCUUCGACAUGCUGCCAAUAAUAUGGCAUUUCCAGUUCAAUAUAUCAAAAUUGUACCGCUCACAACUUUUGGAGAGAAAUUCAAUUAUAGUAUCUGGUAUAUUGAGUUUUGUGGAGUGACAGACAAAGAUAUCAUCCAAAAGGUUGUCGCGGAUAAUCAAAAGUUAAAGGAGAUUGAAACUGUGCGACUAUGUCUCAAGCAUUUUCGCCAACGAAACAUGAUGGAUAUAUUCCGUGGCUUACAAGAAAGAACCGGGGUCAAAUUGGAAGAACCUCUUCUUACUCGACUUCACAAAGUGCUUGUUGUGGAUGGAGACUAUGAAACUUCCGAAAAUAUCAUCAAAGACAUUUACCAGCAAGGUCUGUUUGAUGAGUACGCAAAUAAUACAAAAUAUAUUCCGAAUUGGCGAAGAAUAUACUCUUCAUCCACCGGACCAGAUAGCAACAAUGCACCUGGUCCAAGAGGAGGACACCAAAUGUGUAUUGAUAUUGAACGUGGAAAGGUGUACCUUCUUGGCGGCUGGGACGGCAAACAAGACUUGAGUGAUUUCUGGUAUUUUGAUAUUCAAAAAGAAAAAUGGAAUCUAUUAAGUCCAGAUACAUGUCAGGAUGGUGGUCCAAGUGCUCGCUCGUGCCACAAAAUAUGUUUUGAUCCUACAUCAAGGUCAAUAUUUGUCUUAGGUCGUUACGUUGAAUCACAUGCAAAUACGGAUGGAAAUCUUGAUUCCGAUUUCUAUCGCUACAAUGUUGAUAAGGACAAAUGGACCUUGAUCAGCACAAAUACAGCAGCGGAAGGUGGCCCACAAUUGAUUUAUGAUCAUGAAAUGUGUGUCGAUCCAAAUACAAAUUCUAUCUAUGUAUUUGGUGCAAUAUAUGGAAGCUAUUACGGUAGUGGGGACACUCCUUCUUCUGGUACAUUGGGAGAGCAUUAUCAAAAUAGUCGAAGGAAUCUUGGAAACCCUUCAACUACAGCAGCUACAGCUACAACAGCACCCCUACCAAGAUCAUCAGCACAGACGCCUUCUGGACAGCCUCAAUUAAAGUCACGAGCAGGCCAUUCAAUGUUGUUUGAUCCAACCACUAGAGAUCUUUACAUAUUCGCUGGUCAACGCAUCAAAGACUUUCUGGCAGAUAUAUAUCGUUUUGCUGUUGAUACUGAUGACUUGAUUGAAAUUACCGAAGAUUAUUCCAAGAAUUCGGGCCCUGACCCUGGAUAUACCCAGCGUACAACCAUUGAUACCACAAAAAGGGAACUGUAUGUGUUUUCUGGAUAUAUGCGGACAACAUCCUAUGAUGUUGUCAAGAAUUCUUUAUGGGUGUACAACAUAACGCAAAACAAAUGGGAGAAAGUAUAUCAAAAUGAAGGGCGUGGCCGAGAAUACUGGCACAAAAUGCAGAACAAAGAACCUUGCCCAAGAUUUGCACAUCAGAUGGUAUACGACUCUAAUUCAAAACGACAAUACAUCUUUGGUGGCAAUCCAGGAGAUUCCAAGGAUGUCAGUCGACGGCUCAAUGAUUUCUGGGAAUUAAAAUUAACAAAAACGAAGCCAAAGGAUAUUAUGCGUCGAUCUGUUUUUCUUUUGAGAACCCAGAAACUUCGGGAAAUGCAUCGGCAAGCAGAAUUAGAGCAACAGAAUAAUCCAGUAAAGUUGGUGAGCACCAAGACAAAACAAGCUUUAGAAUACCUGAGAAGUUAUGUGUCUCCAGUCCUGGACGAAAAAUGUGAAGAAGAAUUAGACGAGUUCCAAAGGCUGUGUGCUUGUCUUUGUUUAGCGGAUCACAGUAUCGACACCAAGCAAUCUUUUAUCAGCCAGAAUAUGUUUAAAGUACCAUCGUCAAAGGUUUCGCACCCGGAUCUUUCAGACAUUAUAUUUUCGGGAAGGACAAGGCUUUAUAAUAGUGUUAUCGGGUUUAUGCCUCAAAACAUCAAAGAACCAGAGGAGUCACUAGUAGAUAUUAUAAAAAUAUAA